AUGAGAAUCAUUAAAGAUAAGAAACAGACAGUUCCACUCGAUUCCCCGUAUAUCUCAUCAUCUUCACCACUGAGCGGACAAAGCUCAAAUUAUGUGUUAUCAAAAUGUAUUGGAAGAGGCAAUUUUGGUGAUGUCUAUAGGGCACAACAAGUUUCAACAAAUAGAUUGGUGGCAAUCAAAGUGGUCAAUUUGGAUGAAUCCCCAGACGAUAUCAAGCAAAUCAUCAAAGAGAUCCAUUUCUUGUCCCGCUUACGCAAUCCAUAUAUAAUUCGCUAUAUUGAAAGUUUUUCACAAGAAUAUAACAUGUAUAUUGUCAUGGAAUAUUGUGGUGGAGGAUCUUGUUCCGAUUUGCUCAAGUAUCAUAAAAAGUUACCUGAAGAGAUUGUUGGUUAUAUCAUUCAUAGAGUAUUGCUAGGUUUGCAGUAUUUACACCAAGAACAUAAAGUACAUCGUGAUAUCAAACUGGCGAAUAUCUUAUUGACUGAGUUGGGCCAAGUAAAAUUAGGUGAUUUUGGAGUAUCAACCGAGAUUACAAUGACUAAAAUGAAAAAGAACACUUUUGUUGGAACACCGUUCUGGAUGGCACCAGAGGUUAUCACUAGAGCUAAAUUGAUUGAGGGUAACGUUAAGAAUUGUGUCAAUAGUAAUGGUAAUUACAAUGGUGGGAAUACUGGAUACAAUGAAAAGGCAGAUAUUUGGUCAACGGGAAUUACCACCAUAGAAUUAGUAACUGGUUCACCUCCGUUAUCACAAUAUGACCCAUUAAAAAUAUUGUUUGACAUACCCAAAAAAAGGCCACCACUGUUGUCAGGGAUUGAUUUUAGUGACAAUAUCAAAAGUUUUGUAAAGCAUUGUCUUAUCAAAGAACCAGACAAACGAUCAAGUGCUACAGCAUUAUUACAACAUAAGUUUUUCAAAGCAUGUGUCACUGAAGAUGUGCAAGCAAGGUUGAUUAAUCUAAUUUCAUUGAAAAUUGCCAAUGAUGACCAUCGGGCAGGAUACAAACCUCGAUUUAGAAUAUCUGGAAAAUUAGACAAUGGCAAGGAGAAUCUUGAGGCGCCAAUUGAAUGGGAGUUUACUAAUACUUUGAUACAACAGCAAAAAACAACGCCACGUCUGCCAUUACUAGAAGAGGUGGACGAGUUUAUUGAUGAUUCCAGUAGCAAUUACCCUUCAAAUGUACUUGAACAAAACAAUAUGACAUCUUUGAAGUUAAUAAGUACUAAACAACAUGUAACAAGUAGAAAAUGUGAACUACUUUUCAAUUGCUUACACAUGGUUCAAUUAAGAGGUAAAGAUGAAUAUACUAGGUGUCAGGUGGAGAAAUUUAUUGAUUCAGUAUGCGACUUUGAAGAGAAAAAUCCUGGAUUUUGUAAUGCUAUUGUGGAAGAACUCGAAAAACAUAUUUAA